UUUUUAUUUAUACAAUGCUCAUAUUAUGUGCUAUAAUUGUAAGCAUACAUGCAGCUCCAAAUAAACCACCUAAACCCUGUAAAUGUAUUACACCUGGCAUAUAUUAUCCAGUUUGCGGUAGCGAUAAUAAAACGUAUGGAAACAAGUUCAUGUUAAAAUGUGAAAAUAAAUGUUAUAGUAAAAAACUCAAGAUUGUUCAUGAUGGUAAAUGCUGA